GCCAUCCAAUCAGCGGAGGGCAGGCUCCCCGGGUUCGCCCAGCUGUGCCCGGCUAUCUCAUGCGGCGCUAGGUUGGCUCCCACUUGCUCACUUCGGAGUCUCGUUCAGUUUUUGUGUUGUGUUUAGUGUCAGCGCCAUGAAACCGCAGCAGCCCUGAACGCACACAACGGAAACGCACCCACUGUUCUCUUACAAGAGCCCUGAGGGAAUGGAAGUUGUGGGGCAGUGAGUGCCAUGGCAGAGGGACCGGACGGGGCAUGCGAGCUGUGCCCGGAGCAUGGCCGGGGCAGGGAACGUAGGAGCGGGGUCACUGAGGUCAGCUUGGUGGAAGCAGCUAAGGCGGCACCCAGGAGGAGCAGCAUCAUCAAGGACCCUGCAAACCAAAAACCUGGCCGGAAGAAAACAGUAUCCUUUAGCAGCAUGCCAUCGGAAAAGAAGAUAAGCAGUGCCAGUGAUUGCAUUAGCUUCAUGCAAGGGGGUUGUGAACUAAAGAAAGUUCGUCCAAAUUCCCGUAUCUACAGUCGUUUUUUCACACUCGACACUGAUUUGCAAGCUUUACGCUGGGAGCCUUCCAAAAAAGACCCUGAAAAAGCAAAAUUGGACAUCUCUGCUCUCAAGGAAAUUCGGCUUGGCAAGAACACCGAAACAUUUAGGAACAACGGACUGGCAGAUCAAAUUUGUGAGGACAGUGCAUUUUCAAUAAUUCAUGGAGAAAAUUAUGAGUCUUUGGACCUGGUGGCUAAUUCAGCUGAUGUGGCCAAUAUCUGGGUCUCAGGUUUAAGAUACUUAGCCUCUCAUAGUAAACAACCACUGGACUUAGUAGAAGGUGGACAAAACACACCUCGAUUUAACUGGUUAAAGUCCAUCUUUGAUGAUGCAGAUAUAGAUGGGAAUGGCAUUAUGUUAGAAGAUACUGCAGUUGAACUGCUCAAACAACUCUCUCCUGCUAUCAAAGAAGCCAAGGUUAGGUUAAAGUUUAAAGAAAUCCAAAAGAGUAAAGAAAAACUUACUACCAGAGUGACCAAAGAAGAAUUUUGUGAAGCAUUUAGUGAAUUAUGUACAAGACCUGAGGUGUAUUUUCUACUUGUACAGAUUUCCAAAAAUAAAGAGUACCUGGAUGCAAAUGAUCUACUUUUAUUCUUAGAGUCAGAGCAAGGAAUGACACAGGUUACAGAAGAUAUGUGUCUGGAAAUAAUCCAAAAUUAUGAGCUUACUCAAGAAGGAUGCAUAAAGGGUUUUCUUACCAUUGAUGGUUUUACAAAGUAUCUUUUGUCCCAAGAAUGUGAUAUAUUUGAUCCUGUCCAAAAAAAGGUUAGCCAAGAUAUGACCCAACCAUUGUCACACUAUUAUAUCAACUCCUCCCACAACACAUACUUAAUUGAAGACCAAUUUAGGGGUCCAGCAGAUAUCAAUGGAUAUGUGAGAGCACUAAAAAUGGCUUGCAGAAGCAUUGAGCUUGAUGUCAGUGAUGGGCCAGACAAUGAGCCAAUCAUUUGCAAUCGAAAUAGCAUGACCUCACCAUUAGCCUUUCGUAAUGUUAUUGAAGUUGUUAACAAAUAUGCCUUCAUCUCUUCUGAGUAUCCCCUUAUCCUUUGUAUUGGCAACCAUUGCUCUAUACAACAGCAAAAGAUAAUGGUACAACAUAUAAAAAAGAUCUUUGGUAGUAAACUCUACACAGAAAUUCCUUUGCCAGCAGAGUCCUAUCUUCCCUCUCCUGAAAAACUUAAGAAAAAAAUUAUUGUAAAAGGUAAAAAGCUGCCUUUGGAUUUUGACCUCUUAGAGGGAGAGGUAACUGAUGAAGAUGAGGAGGCUGAAAUGUCUCGCAGAAUGUCAGAAGACUACUUUGGAGAACAGAGAUUGAUAAAGCUUUGUAAAGAACUAUCAGAUUUAGUAUCCAUUUGCAAAUCUGUUCAGUACAAAGAUUUUGAUGUCUCCAUGAAAAACCAAAGUUAUGGUGAAAUCUGCUCUUUUAGUGAAAGCCAAGCUAGUCGUAUUUCUAAUGAGUAUCCUGAAGACUUCGUAAACUACAACAAAAAGUUUUUAUCAAGGGUCUAUCCAAGUCCAAUGAGAAUAGAUUCAAGUAAUAUGAACCCACAAGACUUUUGGAAUUGUGGUUGUCAGAUUGUGGCUAUGAAUUUUCAGACUCCAGGUCCAAUGAUGGAUCUGAACAUUGGCUGGUUCCUUCAGAAUGGUGGUUGUGGGUAUGUCCUUCGACCAUCCAUCAUGCGAGAUGAAGUAUCGUAUUUCAGGGCAAACACUAAAGGUGUUGUGCCUGGUGUAUCUCCUCAGGUUCUUCACAUCAAAAUCAUCAGUGGACAGAAUUUUCCUAAACCAAAAGGAGCAUGUGCAAAAGGGGAUGUGAUUGAUCCAUAUGUGUGUAUUGAAAUUCAUGGAAUCCCUGCCGAUUGUGCAGAACAGAGGACUAAGACAGUGCAGCAAAAUGGGGACAACCCAAUUUUUGAUGAGAGCUUUGAAUUUCAGGUAAACCUCCCAGAGUUAGCCAUGGUGCGUUUCAUGGUUCUUGAUGAUGACUAUAUUGGGGAUGAAUUUAUUGGUCAGUAUACUAUACCCAUUGAGUGUUUACAGCCUGGAUAUAGACAUGUGCCAUUGCGCUCUUUCGUUGGAGACACAAUGGAGCAUGCUAAACUGUUCGUUCACAUUGCUAUCACCAGCAGAGCAGGAGGAGGAAAAGCUCAGAAACGUGGAUUAUCGGCACGAAUAGGAAAAAAAGCCAGGGAGUACACAAUGCUAAGAAACACUGGCCUUAAAGUCGUAGAUGACAUCUUCAAACUUACUGUUCAUCCUUUGAGGGAAGCCACUGAUGUCAGAGAAAACAUGCAGAAUGCACUGGUGUCCCUAAAGGAACUCUGUGGACUUCCCACCAGCUCCAGCCUCAAACAGUGCAUGCUGUCUCUUGCGUCACGUCUGGUAAAUAGUGACAGCACACCUUCUGUGAACCUCAUCAUGAAGGACAGUUAUCCUUAUUUGGAAUCCUUAGGAACAAUACCGGAUGUUCAGAAAAAACUACUCAACGCCUAUGAAAUGAUGAUACAGGAGAGCCGGUCUCUGAUUGAGGCAGCAGAUGUAAUCCAUGAGAAGAUAUUGCAGUGCCAGAAAACAGGCAUGGAAUUUCACGAAGAACUGCAUCGUUUGGGAACAAAAGAAGGACUGAAAGGCAGAAAACUCAGUAAAGCCAUAGAGAGCUUUGCCUGGAACAUCACAGUGCUGAAGGGCCAGGGAGAUUUACUGAAGAAUGCCAAAAAUGAAGCAAUGGAGAACAUGAGACAAAUCCAGCAGGCUUGUCUGUCCAGUGGUCUAAGCAAAGCUCCGAGUACAACAACAGACUCAAAAUCCAAACGAGGCCUAGAAGCAAUUGAAGAGAAAGAUAUGGGGGAAGAAAAUGGCCGCUUGUGAGGAAGAGAGCCAACCUUGGCGCUUGGUCCACCAGAGCUGCUGUCUGGUGUACAAGGGUAGUCAGAUAUCCACAAGUAGGGAAAUCAGCCGAGCUAGAAGCAUUUAUUGUGGUUACUUUUUCAACCUCACCUUCACAAUUAUGCCUACAAUUGUUUUUCUAAUAGUGAAUGAAUGUGUGAAGAGGAUAUUUUAACACUGACCACACUGGCAUAUUUCCAGAUGACAAAUUGUGCCAUUUCAUAUGCAUUAUGUAUACCAUGCAGGGUUUAUCUGACAUAAUUUCAGCAGUAAAACAUGGUCCAUAUUAAGCAGCUCUGGGGCCAGCAAUGUACUGUCUACCAAGAACACUUUAAAAAAUAGUGAAGGAAAUGGUGUUCUCUCCGUUCUUCAGGUUGUGUUGGAAUGGGAUAGCAGAAUUUAGUUAGUAAUUUAUUGCUGUAUGUGGAAUCCAGAGACUGCUCAUAUAAUAAACCAAAUAUGUUCAGAGUCCACCGAGAAUACUGAAGAUAUCUGGGAGAAAUGAAGCAUUCUCCAUUUCUAACACUGGUCAUAUUAUGUGAAAGAAUUAACUUUUGUCGAUACUCAGCCUUUGACGUUACAUGUAUUACAUAUUUUCACCUUAAAGUAAUAAUUUAAUACUCUAACAUUUCACUUUUUUUAAAUAGUAUGAAGAUCUCUACUGGAGAUAGCAUUUAGUGCGAUGUUAGUUGGAUCAUGUGAUGUUCUUCAGUUUAGUUGCUUAGGUAUAGAGUUAGCCCAAGUCAAAUCACAUUCACAUGCUUACAUAAGUGCAAUAAUGCAAAUGACUUAUGUGUAAGGAGCUGUCUACUCAACCUGGCCCAAUGAGUAAUAGAAUGACAUCUUAAUGUAAUGGAUAUUAAAGGAACACUCUCAAAAAUGUACCAAAAAUUUUAAAUAUAUCCCUCUUUUAAUAUCCUCCUUUAGGAAUCUUGUUUUGUGUUAAAUUACAUUUAAAACUAAGAAAUAUAUGUAUAGAAAUUUUCUUUGUGUCCCAGGGCAUAAGCCUUGCCACUGGCUACAAAGACCCUUUUAUCAGGUGAAUGAGCAUUUGUAGAAAUGCUCAUUCCCAAUAAUUGGCUAAUGUAUGGCUAUGUUCACACAGUGCAGUUUUUCCACAUUUUUAAUGCAUGCUGACUCUGACUGCGAUAUGGUACUAUUUUACCAGGAUUACGCAUAUCACAAUAAAUUACCAGCAUAUUUGCAGAUUUUUUUUCUCACAAAAAUACCUCAAAAUCAGAAAAAAAAAAUGCAUACAAAAUUUGGAAAAAAAAUCAAGCCAUUUGAACACAAACUAAAAGGGUCAGCAAUCAGCCGAGGAAACACCAUCUUUUGUGCCGCUAAUAAAAUCAUAUGACUCUGUGUAAACAGAAUGCAUGGCUGACAGUGGCAAAGUGAAGGGCCGAACAAACGAUCUUAAAAUUGUUCAUACAGCCUGGACAGACUAUUGAUCUAGCCUGUGAAGGCUCAGUCAACAUGGCUUCCCCUAAUAAUGCACUAAAGAAUGAAAUUUUAAAAAAUUACAAAAAAAUAGAUAACAAAAAAGGACACAUUUCAUUAUAUGACUUUAAUCCCACCAAAAAAUCUUAGUAAUACAUUACCUAUAAUCCCAGCACCCUUGGUUAAAGGACAUCUGUACUGCAUGAAUUUUACAUAUUCCUAUGCAUGGGCUGUAAAAAUAAACAAAAUAAACUUUAACUUGCCUUCCUGCAUUCUCCCGUUGCUCCGGUAUCGGCCUCACGGGCCCGCGAUGUCCCGCCUCGGCCGGUGAUAGGCUGAGCGCACUUUCAUGUAAGCAGCUCUGGCCGCCUCCUUACAUGACAGAGCGCUCAGCCUAUCACCGGCCGAGGCGGGACAUCGCUGCGGCCGGUGAUACGCUGACUGCUUUGUGACGUUCCCAUCCCCAGGAAGCAGCAAGAGAACCGCAGCGGAGGACCGUGAGGCCGAUACCGGAAGGUGAGUUAAAGUUUAUUUUGUUUAUUUUUACAGCCCAGGCACAUGAAUAUGUAAAAUUCAUGCAGUACAGAUGUCCUUUAAGCGUUACCCGCUGAGCUGAUCUCCAGCUGACUAUGGGACAGAUCAGAUCGCUUUUACAAAUUCUGCUGAUUGGUUGCUAUGGCCAACUGCCCCACUUUUCCUCUGCACAGGUUUUGAGAAAUCCUGCCUGGGCCCCCAGAGAGAGAUACACUCAUUUCUUUAAAGUGGUUAUCCAGGAAUAGAAAAACAGAGCUAAUUUUUUUUUUUUUUUUUUAAACGCUCCCCAUCUGUCUCCAGGUGGGGUGUGGUUCUGCAGCUCAAUUUCAUUGAAGUGAAAGGAGCCAAGUUGUAAUACCACAUCCAAUCUGGAGACAGACUGGGAGCGUUUUUUGAAAGAAAUUAGCUCUGUUAUUCUAUUUCUGGAUAACCGCUUUAAUUUUAACAUGCCCAUGAAAGGAUAUCUUUAACCAGACAAGCCCUUUGAAUGGUCACUGUUGUUCCAAACAACUUCCCCUUAUUUGAUAGCCUAUCGAAUUUCUAACAUAUUUGUAAAUCACUAUAUUUACCAAAAAUAACCCCUGCAAACAGCUGUCCACUGAUUGAUGCUGCUUUCAACAUACGAUGGCCUAUGAGAGGCCAUCGCAUGUUGAAAUUAUCGUAUGUCGGGGGGGUCUCUGUACUUUUUUUCCCCUGUGAGUGUCUGCUAUUAGGAGAUUCUAUUGUACCAUUGAUGUCCAUCUGUAGUCAGGAUAGGGUACUAGUUGGGGCCAAUUUAUCCCAAGUAUUAAUUCAUGCAUUGCAGUAUCCUAGAAAGUCAAAGGAAGUUGUAAAACUCUUUAGCUUGAAGGUAGAUUACAAGCCUGUUAUGAUCUUAUCCAUUUUUACAGACACUAUUCAGUUUAAGGAAGCCAUCUCUGCUGACAUUGACAGAUAGGGCAGUUCCUAAUUAUUUCAGAAGACUGAAAGGUAGGAAGACAAUGUAAUAGAGCAGCAGGAAACGCUAUCAGAAUGCUUGGAUGUAUAUGGAGAGGUAUAAGCAGUAGAAAUAGAGAAGUGCUCAUGCCGCUGUACAGAACACUGGUGAGGCCUCACUAGGAGUAUUGUGCGCAGUACUGGAGGCCGUAUCUCCAGAAGGAUAUAGAUACUCUAGAGAGAGUUCAAAGAAGAGCUACUAAACUAGUACAUGGAUUGCAGGAUAAAACUUACCAGGAAAGGUUAAAGGACCUUAACAUGUAUAGCUUGGAAGAAAGAAGAGACAGAGGGGAUAUGAUAGACACUUUUAAAUACAUAAAGGGAAUCAACACAGUAAAGGAGGAGAACAUAUUUAAAAGAAGAAAAACUACCACAAGAGGACAUAGUUUUAUAUUAGAGGGACAAAGGUUUCUGCAGUAAUAUAAGAAGGAUUACUUUACUGAGACAGUAGUGGAUGCAUGGAAUAGCCUUCUUGCAGAAGUAGCUGCAAAUACAGUGAAGGAGUUUAAACAUGCAUGGGAUAAGCAUAAGGCUAUCCUUCAUAUAGGAUAGGGCCAGGGACUAUUGAUAGGAUUCAGAUUAUUGGGCAGACUAGAUGGUUUUAUCUGCCGACACAUUCGAUGGAAUCAGCAAUUUAUAGCAUUGAGAAACAUUUCUUUGUCUGAGGAAGCCCUCCCCAAAAUAUAGUGUUGGUGGUUUGUAUUAUGUACCAGCAUAGCCAUCAGCCUUUCAUGCUGUAGUCAUCACAAUUGAAGCUAAUUGAACUAUGUACACCAUGCAGGUUCCUGACAGUGAAGACCUGGGCUCUCUUUUUGCUUCGGCAUGUGUAGCUUUCUGUAUUCUAGAAAUUCAGUUUAGGACAAAGUAGAUGAAACCCACAAUGUGUUAAGUUACGCCCUAUGGACAACUGUCCCUAUUGGGCAUUUGCUUGGUAGAUUAUUGGAUUCUCUAAUGGCAUUUAACCCUGUCCUGCACCUUUGGUUGAAAAUGCAGCCAUAUGUAAGUACAGCGUUACUCUGAUGUAAACCUUUCAUGGUGUUAAACACCCGAUAGAGUAGCAUACAGUGUGUGUAGUUCUAGCUUCUGCCUCUGACUACCUAUAUGUCUUCGGUACUUUGUUUGAGUGUAAUAUUAAUGUGCUCAUUCAACUAUUAUGAUGCCAGAAGGAAGGUUACAUGUGACUAAGGUUAAUGGGAGUUUCAGACAAAAUCCCUUCCCACGAAGGCAGUAUAGUAUAGGCCUAUUACUGCUUGGGAGUUCUGCCUUAUAACAUUUGAGGGAUAUACUAAUAAAAUAUUUUGUCUUGUGGGAACAGGAUGUACUUGGAACUCAGGGCACAGGCCUCCUGGCUGGCUUCAGAAGGGUUUUGGGGGCUGUGUGUUCUCUAAGCAAGAUUAAAUAGAAAUCUAUUUAUUGAAGAGCACGGCUUUUAUUUUAAAAAGCUACCUUUUUAAUGUAUUUGACUAAAAGAGAUAUAAUGUGCUAACUUUCUGGACUGAAGUGAUAAUUUAAGAUUUUGUUCUUAUUUCCAUGUAUCUCUUUGUGUUAAUCCCUUUGUAUACUCGAAGGUCUGCUUAAUAUUAACAGAUUUCUUGGCAGUGAUGGGGUUAAUUUAUUCUUAACCUUGUUUUAUGAUUAACACUAACAUGUUAUUUUGCACAUUACUGGGAAAUAAAACUAUCAACAAAGUAAAGGGUUGUUGUCCUGUUGUGUGCAUUGUUUUCACAGUCAUGGGCAUAUAUAUAUAUAUAUAUAUAUAUAUAUAUAUAUAUAUAUAUAUAUAAAAUUUGUGGUCAGGACAACUAUCAGAAAGCCUCGAGCAUAACUACCCCUAUACUACAAUGCAGCAUAAUUUGUGACCUGGAGUUGACCAAGCAUGAUGACUAAGUAAGACUUACCUUAUAUAUACAAUAAGCGGCUUGAAUUGUGCCCUAGCCUAUAAAGUGGGCAUACCCUGUAAAAAGUGAAUUCAGGUAGAGAAAACAGACAUGGCUGCACAUCUACAUAUUGUAUUUUGAUCUACUUGCUUCUCAGCAUAAAUUCAAAAACUAACAGGUUGUUAGUAUACAUUAUGAUCAAAAUGUACAAGCGCACUUGCAACGUCAAGGCCACCUAUUUAGAGUGGGUCCCUAACGUCCCUAGUGACCACCACUGCCUCAACACCAGUGCCCACAGGGGAAACGACCCACUGGCAGGGUGGCCCAAAUGCCACUCAAACCAGUCCUAGGGCCACACCUCCCCACAGACACGGUGCCACGGCAGCAAUGGACGCUGCACAGCACCACACCAGUGUGAGCAAGGGGUAAAAGCUCACUUACCAUGUGCUCCCAGUCAGACUGGGAGGCUGCCAGAAAUGAAAGGGCCCUGUGUGCUACUUUAUAUAGGGUUGGGCUGAGGGGGGUGGGGCAGAGUUCAGACCAAGUGAAAGCAACAACAAAAAAGGAGAGGAUAGAAAACACAAUGUGAAUUCAGGUAGAGUAAACAGACAUGGUCGCACAUCUACAUAUUGUAUUUUGAACUACUUGCUUCUCAGCAUAAAUUCAAAAACAGGUUGUUAGUAUACAUUUUGAUCAAAAGGUACAAGCCCACUUGCCACGUCAAGGCCACCUAUUUAGAGUGGGUCCCUAAUGUCCCUAGCAUAAAAUGGCGUAACACUGGGCGGUGACCACCACCACCGCAACACCAGUGCCCACAGGGGGAACGACCCACUGGCAGAGUGGCCCCAAUGCCACUCAAACCAGUCCUACCCACAGACACGGUGCCACGGCAGCAAUGGACGCCGCACAGCACCACACCAGUGUGAAUAAGGUGUAAAAGAUCACUUACCAUGUACUCCCAGUAAGACUGGGAGGCUGCGAGAAAUUAAAGGGCCCUGUGUAGCUACCUGCUACUUUAUAUAGGGUUGGGCUGAGGGGGUGGGGCAGAGUGCAGACCAAGACUGAAGUGAUAAUUUAAGAUUUCCAUGUAUCUCUUUGUGUUAAUCCCUUUGUAUUCUUGAAGGUCUUCUUAAUAUUAACAGAUUUCUUGGCAGUGAUGGGGUUAAUUUAUUCUUAACCUUGUUUUAUGAUUAACACUAACAUGUUAUUUUGCACAUUACUGGGAAAUAAAACUAUCAACAAAGUAAAAG